CGUACAUUAUGUUGCAGUAGUAGUGUAUACGUCUCUGUCAGAUUUGUCAAUUAAAAAAAAUAUAUUUCAUUCAUCUCUAAACUGGAAGAUGUUUUCCAAUUUGUGAUAAAUUGACCAAAUUGAUCAUGGAUCAUGAAAACGAUGCUGUUUGUGAAAAAAUUAUUAACGAAAUUGAUUUAGUCUUUCAGAAUGAUUCUGAUUUAUGUACCUUUGAAAUAAUACACUUAGCUGCCAAUCAAAAUAAAAAUAAAUCGCCUGUGAUCCAUGCGGAAAAUAAUUUAGGUUUAGAAUCGUGGUGUACCCAGCACGUAUACGAGUAUGCACAUAAAACGAUUUUCAAUAAGAAAAUUGAAAAUCCGAAAUCGAUUCACUGCAUAUCGAUCGUCAAGUACCUAAACUGUGCCAUACUAAUCAAUCCCGAUGUGGCUACAUUUUGGAACAUUCGUCGCAAACUGUUCAUCAACAAUAAACUCAAUAUAACCAAAGAAUUUAAGUUUUCGUCGAUCGUUUUAAGCAAAAAACCUAAAUCCAACGAGGCGUUCUGCUAUCGUCGUUGGCUGUUUUCGUUUCAAAGUGCAUUUGCUACGGAUUGGACCUACGAACUAGGAUUAUGUGAACGUUGUGCCGAUAAAAGCUCAAGCAAUUAUCCCGCAUGGUGCCAUCGAAAUUGGGUCCUGAACAAAUCCCCAUUCCUACUCAAAUAUGAGCCGCGAAUCACGGAGAAAUUUAUCCGUAAACAUAUCGGAGACUAUAGUGGCUUCUGUCAUAGACAGUAUGUUCUGUAUAAAAUGCUCGAAACGAAUAUCGUUGACGAUCAACAGGAAUCAAACCACUAUGUGGAGCUCAUCAAUUUUGUUUGUCGAAUUACAUCCAAGCAAAUUUCAACGGUUGAUCAAUUGACGAAUCUACUGUUACCGAUCGGUCAGGCGAACCAUACCGAAUUGGAAACGAAAUCAUUCUUCUAUUGUAUGAACAUUGCAGCUCAGGAUUUGGAUAUGUGUGACGAAUUGAAAACGAUGUACGGCUAUCGCGAAUCGUUUCAGUGCCAUCGGCGUUCCGUGCUCAAAUUUAUCGUUGAAAGUUUUAAAAAGUUUAACUAUGUGAAAGCGGACAGCGAUCAGCCGCAAAAUAAAAUGGUCAAAAUCGACGGCGACACGGUGUACGAAUUUUUGGAUUGCCUGAGAGCUAGCGAAGGUAAACUGGGCGAAUUACACCGGAAAUGGUGUCAAAUAUAUUUAGGAUUCGAUUAUCGUAACGCUGGCAGUUUUACGAUGGAUUGAUUUCAGCAUAUCGCUAUUAUACAGUAUGUAAGCACUUGUCAGUUCAGAUAGCGAAUUUUAAUAUAGACGCUAGUAAAUUCAAUUAUACCUUAAAGUUCCAAUGUUGCAACACACAAACUAUUAUAAAACAGAAUUUAUUUAGCUACACGUAAAACUGUCAAUAAAAGAUUAUUCAAAUCG